ACAAACAUUUCAGCGUGUGUGACUUGCAAAUGCAAGACCGUGCAGCAGUGUUAUUAAAAUCAAUCAGAAUAGAAAAAAUAAGAUACCUCUGUAAAAAUGUUUAUCAAAUCAACUGCUUCUUCAAGUGAUUGGAGUGGGUUCACUCUCAUUUUGCCAGCAGUAUCUGCAGGUAAUGUUGGCCAGUUAUCUUCAGAUCUACUGAUCUCUACACUAGACUUGACCAAGGCAGGCUACCUCCAUGAUGCAAGCAUCCUGCCUCUGUGUGGUAAUGAUCCCUUCGGGAGAUCAGGAAGGACUGAAGCUUCUCUAGUAACCAGUGCAGAAGUGUAUGAGUCCAAAGAGAGGAAGCUAGUUGUGGUUCAACAGCGAACACCGUUGGUCAAGGGUGCACAAGCUGACUUCAGAAAGAAGCUUCUUCUAUGGAUCAAAGACUCAAAAUUUUCCCGAGUCAUCUUAUUGAGUAGUAGCCAUUCACAUGAGAGAACUGACUCACAGCUGACUGGGAGUCAGUUUAGAUACUUGACCACCCCCAUGUUGGAAGGAGAACUUGGUACAGUCCUGUCAGAUCAACUACAAUGGAAGAGACUAGAGAAGAGACAAAACCAGUGGGCUCCACCAUUGGCUAAUGAAGAGGGGAGGCCAGAAUGUGCGAGGGGUAUUUAUAUCCCCGGAGGCGGAGUCGCAAAGCGACUCUUUGAUGAUUGUUGUCUUCAAGAUGUUCCCUUGGCCAUCUUGAUGUUAUUCUGCUCCGAGGGUGACAACAUUCCAGAUGCUUUAACGAUGGUUACCCAUCUCAACCAGUGGCUUAAAUUAGUACAGGAACCUGAGAGUAGUCAAACACCGGUCCGCAGUCCAUGGAGGAUACCAAGCUCUUGGAAUAUGCUAUACGGCCAACACUUUGACCCAUCCAUCUAUUAAGAACUGAAGGAUACUCUGUGGAACUUGUUGAUACUUCAAAGAAGUUAUAGCAUACAAUGUGUACAUUAGGUGGUAAAAAGUUUGAACAUGUCCAUUUGUUAGGAUAGGAACUAAAGACUUGGGAACCAAGUUCUAAUUGGAGGAUGUCACAGCUUUAAUUCUAUGUUAUAUUGUAUGGUGAACAGUUUGACACAUCCAUCUGUGAGAAACUGAAGAAUAACCAUAAACCGGAUGAUAUUGCAAGAAAGUAAUGGCAACAGUUAAAGGUGGUCAAUAAGAAUGGGUUCACCAAAUUGGAACUGAAGAACACAAAGGAAUUAUUCCACUUGAAGUUCAUGCUCUAUAGUCUGACCUAUCACUGUACCAGACACCAGAUAAUAGAGAGGUUUUGCAACGUACGGAUACACAUACAGAUACCGAUCUGUCGACACUUUGUGUGUUCACGUGACGCGUACCCGCGACUACCGUAUUUUGCAUACACAUUACCAACUGAUACGGGAGCUCAUACACGUCGUAGAAAAACGGAUACUGUUUUGCAGACGUUUAGCUGUAUUUUUGUCCCAGAUCAAAAACAUUUCCCACAGAAUUAUUUUCACUGGUAUCGUGCUUGCUAUAGACAGAAAAUUGUUAGUCAUUUGCAAGCAAAAUGAUGAGAAAAUGCAGCGUAUAAAAUACGGGUCUCGAUUGGUCAUGUUUGUCAGAAAAACACUCAUGAUUAAUGCGAGCGCACUCAAGUGAAACAUAUACCUAUAGUUUGCGAUACAAAAU